AUGCAGCACUCCGAAGCAGCCUCGCCGAUUAGCAGGAUAUCCCUCUUGCCAAACUCACAUCCACCGCUCAAGUUCGCCAGAAAACACCGUCCCGCCCAUUUACCACACACAUACUCCUUCGGCCAUGACAGCUACAAAAUUCGCCGGAACAAGGCCUUGAAGAUCCGGAUCAGGACACUGGAGCAACACCUUUUCCACCGGACCAACAUCAGUUGUCUCGUCAUUGAGAAUGCCCGGCUGAUUAUCCAACUCCACAGCCAGAGCAAGCUCUCCCAAGCAGAGCUCGCUGAGCUACAGAGGGCCACACACUUUGACAAGAAGGAGCUACAACAAUGGUAUAAGGGUUUCCUAAAGGACUGCCCCUCUGGCAUGCUUACCAAGGAGGAGUUCCAAAAGAUCUACAAGCAAUUCUUCCCCUUCGGCGACCCCUCGUCAUUUGCAGACUACGUCUUCAACGUCUUUGAUGCAGACAAGUCAGGCUCAAUCGACUUCAAGGAGUUCAUCUGCGCGCUGAGCGUGACGAGCAGAGGGAAGAUGGAGGACAAACUAGACUGGGCAUUCCAGCUGUACGACAUAGACGGCGACGGCAAGAUCAGCUACGAGGAGAUGCUUGCGAUCGUCGAGGCGAUAUACAAGAUGGUCGGCUCCAUGGUCAAACUCCCCGAAGACGAAGACACGCCGGAGAAGCGCGUCCGGAAGAUCUUCAGAAUGAUGGACAAGGAUGAGAACGGAAGCCUGGACAUGGCCGAGUUCAAGGAGGGCUCGAAGCGCGACGAGACCAUCGUCUCCGCCCUCUCGCUCUACGAUGGCCUGGUUUAG